AUGACGUCCACAGCUGGUACCUAUCGCUUACCACCCAACGCAGCCCCGUCGUCAUCAGGCUCUGACACGGAUGACUUGGACGAUGGCUGCUCCGACUGGGCAUCGUCCUUCGGCGAGGCCAGGCGGACCAAGUCCCUGUUCGACGACACCGUCCACGCCUCGCCAGAGUUGGCGAUGAAGCACGAUGCUAGUCUGCACAGAUUUGACCUGGACGCGGUUUGCAAGGACAGGGAGCUGGAUAUGUAUGGCAGGAUACGGCUGGUCAAUCUGAUACGGCGAGAUGGCUUGAAUCCGGAUCAGGUGUCCACUUUAGGCAAAGAGUGGAUGACGGAUGACUCCUUGCUUCCACCUGUCAUCGCAGACGACCCUCUCCUUCAGUUCGGCUUCGACUCGUGGUCUGAUGAAGACGAAGAGCCUGCCUCGGCGCAAGUUCAACAUCUUCAGAAAGAGCUCGCUGCGGCGCAGGCAUUGCUGCAGCAGACCAUGGCGGACGAUCUCCCUUCAACCGGAGAAAAGAAGCGCGACGACGACUCGCACUACUUUGACUCCUACGCCGAGAACGAUAUCCACGAAAUCAUGCUCAAGGACACGCAACGGACGGUCUCAUAUGCGCGUUUCAUCCUGUCGAACCCGGCCAUCUUCAAGGACGCCGUGGUCAUGGAUGUUGGCUGUGGAACUGGUAUUCUGUCGAUGUUUGCGGCCAAGGCUGGCGCCAAGAAGGUCUACGCCAUUGAGGCAUCGGGCCUAGCUUCAAAGGCAAGGGAGAACAUCAAGAACAACGGACUUGAGCAGAUCAUCACUGUGAUACAGAGCAAAGUCGAGGAUAUCAAGGUGGAGCGAGAGGUCGACGUGGUGAUCAGCGAAUGGAUGGGUUAUGCCCUACUCUACGAAUCCAUGCUGGAUAGCGUCCUAUACGCUAGGGACCACUUCAUGAAGGAGGGCGGCUUGAUGGCGCCGAGCCAGACUGCCAUGAAGCUUGUCGGUAUCACCGGCGAGAGACUGUGGAAGGAGAGGAUAGACUUUUGGCAGUCAGUCUAUGGCUUCAAUAUGACGGCCAUGGACAAGGUGUACUAUGACGAAGGGUUGGUCGAGGUGGUCGAUGCGGCCGAGGUAUUGACCUCAGAGGCAGUCGUGCGAAACAUCGACACACACACUGCCACGCCGAAAUCGCUCGACUUUCACUCGUCCUUCACACUCAAGGCGGAAAGUACUGGAUCAAUUCGCGCCUUCCUAACCUACUUUGACACCUUCUUUUCCCCCGUACCCGGACAGACGUUCGACUCUGUAGACCUGUCGGUCCUCCCAACAGGUCUGGCCAACGUCGAGCCGGUCGCUCCUGGGGUAAUCAGCUUCACCACCGGUCCUCGCGGCAAGGAGACGCACUGGCGACAGGUAGCAUUCCUGCUGAAAACACCCAUUGAGCUUACAAAAGGCGACGAGCUUCGAGGCAGAUUCUACUGCCGGAAAUCCAGCAACAACUCGCGCGAGCUGGACGUGGAGAUUCACUACGAGGUUGGCGGCGAGACGAGGGUGCAACUUUUCAAAGUCAGAUAG